AUGGCUGCGGCGGGGCCGGGAGCAGCGGGGCCGGGCCUGCCCUCUGCUGGCGGCGGCCGUGCCCCGGAGCCAAAGGGGUCCCGGAGCCGAAGGGGUCCUGGAGCCGAAGGGGUCCCGGAGCCAAAGGGGCCCCGGAGCCGAAGGGGGCCCGGCCCUCCCAGGGGCUGCUGUCGCCUCGGCCGGAGCCGUGGCGCAGAGAGCGGUGUCCCCUCAGUGCCGGCGAGGGACGGAACCGGGCAGGGGGAAGGCCCGCUGGGUGCAGUUAUGGCUGGUCAGCCUGGAGAAGGUCGUGGGGAGACCUCGCAGCACCUUCCAGUAUCUGAAGGGGCUACAGGGAAUCCAGAGAGGGACUCUUCAUCAGGAACUGCAGUGAGAGAACUGGGGGGAAUGGGUACAAAUUGA